AUGUCCCUCCCACACAACAUCCACUUCGUCCCGUCCGCCUCCAAACCCACCCGACCCGCAAAAGUCGUCCCCCCCGCCUACAAUUUCGCCCAAAAGACCAGCGAACUCAGCAGUAAUUCAAGUGACAAUGCAGCCAACGCCAAUGACGAAGACGACCGGGAUACCCACAACAACGAACCCGAUAACCCCAUCACCAGCAUCUUAGAUGACACCCCGGUUGAGCCGGAUGAAUAUGUUGACACGUGGUUGGAUGAGGAUAACCCGAUCUAUGAUACGGUUAUUGAGCGGACGUUGGCGAGGAGUGGGGCAAAGGAUAUGCUGACUGAAUACUUUCGGCAACGGUUGAUUGAUUGUGGGUGGCGGGAUCAACUCAGAGCGUAUGCUGCAGAAAUCGUGCGAAAGAAGCCAUUGGACGACCCAUUGGACAUAGACGAGAUCAUACAAGAAGUCACGCCCAAAGGCAGAUCAUUAGUCCCCGCAACAGUCAAAGCAGACCUGAUGUUAAGAAUACAGCAGAUCAUCCAGGAUUACGACCGGACGCACCCAAAGCGGCCGAGGUAG